AGAGAAAAAAACGGGACCUCACUCAUUUGUAAACCUUUGCCAUAGCCCUGCCUCAGGUCAUAAAUUUAGAGAACAUCUUUCUUUUGCAUUCUUCUGGAUCAUAUUCUUCAGUCUGCACCAGAGGAAGUGGCCAAAGUUUCAUGUUGCAGCCAUAGAUGACGGCGAUCAUGAAAGCCAGAGUCUGUACAAGAAAGGAGUUUUCUGCCAUUUUUGUCUUUCUGGCUGUCUUUGUCUUUACCUUGCUGCUACGUAACACAGACAAUCUGAAGGAAAAAGAGAGUCCUCGCAGUAGAACUAGCAGUGAGGCAGGGUCCAGUGACAAGUCUCAGCAUAAAGUGAACUCCACCGUCAUUGUCCCGAAAGUUUCCUCUGAGCCUGACAUGCAUCACAGCUUCUGCACCUUCCAGCCACGAUCCCCUGAGGAUGCUCUGGAGGAACGCCUCCUACUAGACUCCAUUGCUUGGCCUGAAACUCCACCUCUGUCAGAUCCUCUUUCUCUGGAUCAGACCAGUGAUCCAGCUCACAGCACCUUCACCAUUCUCCCAGGGAGGACAGGAGGACAGUGGCAUGUCGGCGAUCAGCUGGAGGUUAUGAUCAAAAUGUCUGAUUUCCAUGGCCGUCCCAAGAAGUCUGGGGGGGACUUCUUGGUGGCCCGCCUGCACAAUCAGAAGCUUGGUGCAGGUGUGGUUGGGCAGGUGGUGGAUCAUCACAAUGGCAGCUACUCUGCUGUUUUCUCUUUACUCUGGGAAGGAGACGCACAGGUUGAGGUGAUGCUGGUUCACCCUCAUGAGGCUAUUCAAGUGCUGAAUAGGUUGAACAGUGAACAGCCUGACAGGAUUUACUUCAAAAGUGUCUUCCAAUCAGGCUCACUUUCUGAAACUACUUUCUGUAACGUGUGCCUACGUCCAACUCAGCCAUUGUGCAACUACACUGACCUCCGUACAGGCGAACCUUGGUUCUGCUACAAGCCAAAAAAGUUGAGUUGUGAUGCCAGGAUCAACCAUGCUAUGGGAGGAUUCAACCAAGACCUCAAUGCCAACGAGGACAAACUCUUUCAAAGUGGUGUUAACUUGAAAGUCUCCAUACAAUCUUCAGGACUGGCCAUUUUCAUAGUUUUGCCAAAAACGAAAGAUCAAUCAGAAGUAAAGAGCAGCAUUGUGACAUCUGGACCCUCUGGCUAUUACUACCAGAGUGUGUGGCGAGCACUAGAUGGCACCACAGUUCACCAAUUCAACAACGCCUCUGCCAUCACUCAGUGUCUGAAAGGCAAAGUGGUCCACAUGUAUGGAGACUCCACUGUCAGGCAGUUUUAUGAAUACCUCAACACAGCACUACCAGAUCUUAAGGAGUUUGACCUGCACAGCCCAAAAAAAGCUGGACCUUACAUUUCCUUGGACUAUGCAAACAACAUCUUGGUGACGUCCCGCUUCCAUGGUCCUCCGAUCCGUAUCGUUGUUGUCUCAACCAGUGAGCUUCGAUAUAUUGCCAAUGAACUGGAUGGUGUCAUCGGAGGCACCAACACUGUUGUAGUUCUUGGCGUCUGGGCUCACUUUGGCACUUUCCCCAUGGAGAUCUACAUCCGGCGGCUGCAGAACAUCCGCAGGGCGGUGGUGCGGCUGCUGAACAGGUCUCCAGGUACACUGGUCGUUAUCCGUACAGGAAACCUCAAAGCUUUGCCGCUUCCUGUGUCAUUAACCAACAGUGACUGGCAUUCACUGCAGUGUAACAAUGUGCUGAAAACCAUGUUCAAAGGACUGAAUGUUCAUCUGAUUGAUGCCUGGGAGAUGGUCCUCGCCCACCACCUGCCGCACGACCUCCACCCACCGCCUCCCAUUAUUAAGAAUAUGAUUGACGUUCUCUUGUCACACAUAAGUAGUGAUGGUCCGCUGACACUUGAAGCUCCGACACAUGCGCGGUAGCUCAUGAAGCAAACGUCCCGAAGCACUGUGCCGAGGCGUGGUUUGAUCACGUGACUCGUGACGUUCGAAGCAGCAAAGUGCUUCGAACGUCACCGAAUCACCAACAGUGGAAGUGAACCGCUACCUCGCUGAUCCUCCACUAGAAAGAACUUCAGAACUGCUCACAUACUGGGCAAACCACAAAAAUGUAUAUCCCAAUCUUUAUCAAGUUGCUAAACAUUUCUUAUGCACCCCAGCCUCAUCCGUGCCGUGUGAACAGGUUAUUUCCAAGGCUGGGGAAAUUGUAUUGAAAAGAAGAAACCGCUUGAAUCCCAAAACUGUGGAAAAACUGUUGUUUCUAAAUAAAAAUUCAUAACAAGUGACACAAGCACAGUCACUGCCCUGUUUUUCAAGCACAAUCUCUUUCCCCACCCACCCAUGAACCUAUCUACAUAAGAGUCACACAAGCCUGUCAGAAACAUGACAAGACAAGUAUCAUUAGCAUCAAUGUUACUUCAAUGUGUCAUUAAUGUUCAUGACACAUCCCAUGUCAUGUUUAUGACACGCUCAUGUCACUCUUAUGUAGACACCUUCAAAAUAAAGUGUUACAAAUAUUAAUGUCAACAAUAAAACACUG